GAGCUCAAAUAAGCUCUAAAAAUCGAACUCAAAUACCAGAUGUAAAGGAAGUGCAACAGUAGUUAGCAGAAUCUAUCAAAAUACCUACUUAUGAAAAUAGUAUCUUUACCAGAAUAAACACAUAAGUAUAUUUUUUUAAUUUUAUUUGUAAUUUUAUAAUUGAAUUCACAUAGUAUAAUUUUCAAAUUAAUUGACUGAAGUAAUUAUUACUGCAUUAGACAAAACAGUCAUUAACAAAAUAAAGAUGUCUUCACAUCUAUAAAAGCUAGCAAACAGGGAAAAGAGAAACAUCAUUCGAAUCACAAAAAAAAAGGAAUAAAUAAAUAAAGCAAAAGAAGAGAGAAAGAAAUAUUACAAGUUACAAAAAUAUCCGGUCCAUUUCAUUUGAAGCAAAUGACAACAGAGAAGAAUCAAACAUCGAUGAUCAAUCACAUCGGCAGCCCUUUGAUGAACGAAGAAACGAGAGACGACGAAAUGACGAAAAUGACCUUGGCUGCGUUUCGUGCCAAGGAAGAAGAUAUCGAGAAGAAGAAAGCUGAGGUCCGAGAGAAAGUCCAUUCGCAAUUAGGCCGCGUUGAGGAAGAAACGAAGCGCCUAUCUGAAAUUCGUGAAGAGCUCGAAGCGAUGAAUGAUCCGAUGAGGAAAGAAGUUGCGAUCGUUCGCAAGAAAAUCGACCUACUUAAUCGGGACUUAAAGCCGUUGGGACUUAGCUGCCACAAGAAGGAAAAAGAAUACAAGGAGGCACUGGAGAGUUUCAAUGAGAAGAACAAGGAAAAAGGGCAGCUAAUAUCCAAACUAGUUGAGUUGGUGACUGAAAGUGAGAAACUGAGAUUGAAGAAACUUGAGGAACUUUGCAAGAACAUUGAUUCUCUGCGCUAAGAAUUACUGUAAUUAUACAACCUUUUGAAGAAUUUACAGCUGUUUUCUUUUUUUUUUUUGUGUGUCUAAUUUUUGGUUUGAGUGUGAAGGUAUACAAUACCACUUACAGUAAGAUUCUUAAAAUUUGGCUUCCUGCAUGUAAUACUGAUGUUUUAAUUAUUAUUAUUUAAAAAAAAAAAAAACAGAAAUGUAAUGGUGACACUACAAGAAAUUUUGGUUUUAGUGACGAUUUUGUAUGGUCGCUAAAAGUUAGAAAAUGGUAGCUAAAACUUAUAGCGACCAAAUUAAGGUUGGUCACCGGUGGUCACAACAGGGUAGUUACUAAAAGUACUCAGUGACAAGAAAAUUAAUUGGACGCUGAAAGAUGAGAUUUAGUGGCGAACUAAUAGUGGUCACUAAAAAUAUAAUUAUUAACGACCAGUUUUUGACUCGCUAAUGUAAAUUUUAUGGUGGCAAUAAUAUUAACAUGGUUGCUAUAGCAACAUAUAUAGUGGCCAUAUAAUUUUGGUCGCUAAAUGAUAUAUACGUAUAGUGACCAUAUUUUAUUGUUGCUAUAGGAUAUAUAUUUGGCCACCACAUUUUUUGGUUGCAACAUAAUACACAUAUAGUGACGGUAUAUAUUGGUUGAUAAAUAAUAUAUCUGUUGGUUGCUAAAA